AAAGAAAGUUAUGGCUUCUUGUUUGUGUCCUUGUCCAUGUAAUUCCAAUCUCAGGUUGCUCACCAUCUUCCUCCUUGUUCUCUUCUCCACAGUGUCGCCGAGUGUCGCUGCGUGCGAGUCUAAAUACGAAGGAACCUGCCAUGACAAAAGGCAAGCGUUGAAGUUCAAGGUCAUAGCCAUAUGUUCAAUAUUGGUCGCUAGCAUGAUCGGCGUGUGUCUUCCCGUUUUUUCACGCUCCGUUCCGGCGCUUAAGCCGGACGGGAAUUUGUUCGUUCUGGUGAAGGCUUUCGCUUCUGGCGUUAUUCUGGCGACCGGGUACAUGCACGUUUUGCCGGAUUCCUUCGAUGAUUUGAGAUCUGAGUGUUUGGCCAAAAACCCUUGGCACAAGUUCCCCUUCACUACAUUCGUGGCAAUGCUGGCCGCGAUUUUCACUCUCAUGGUGGAUUCAUUCUCGAUUGGCUACUUCAGGAAGAAGAUCUCUAGUAAUGCUGUUGAAUCAGAUAAUGUUCGUGGAAAUGAAGCCAAGGAAUUAGAGCAAUUUGGCAUUGGUCACGGACAUUGCGGAAAUGAACAUUUAAAGAUCAGUGAGGGGCAAGAACAGUUGCUGAAGCACCGUGUUGUUGCGCAGGUGUUGGAGCUAGGGAUUGUGGUGCAUUCAGUGGUGAUUGGAUUAUCAAUGGGAGCUUCAGAAAACCCUUGCACCAUCAGGCCUCUCAUUGCUGCACUCUGCUUCCACCAAUUCUUUGAGGGAAUGGGCUUGGGUGGCUGCAUACUGCAGGCUGAAUAUGGACACAAGAUGAAGGGCAUAUUGGUUUUCUUCUUCUCAGUAACAACCCCAUUUGGGAUUGCCUUAGGAAUUGGGCUAUCAAAUGUGUACAGUGAUACGAGCCCAACCUCUCUCAUUGUGGAAGGCAUACUAAAUGCUGUAUCCGCAGGGCUUCUGAAUUACAUGGCACUUGUAGAUCUGCUGGCGUCUGACUUCAUGGGUCCUAAGCUCCAACAAAACAUGAAGCUCCAGAUUUGGUCAUAUGUUGCUGUUUUGCUAGGCGCUGGAGGAAUGUCCUUGAUGGCUAAAUGGGCUUAGGGCAUACCAAGCUUUGUUAAGUUUACUGCUCUUCGAAAAGAGAAAAGAAAAUUGAUCGCCACAUUGUUAGA